AUGGUUGGUGCCAAUAAGUUAGUCGAAAUAGAUGCAUGUGAAGGAGGGCGGGUUGAAAGCAAUGAGGAAGACAGUGCCGUUAAUUAUUCGCAUUGGGCUUCCUCGAAGCCGGGCAUGGGGCUUCAAGGACCGAUUACUAAGACCCGACAGGUGGAUGCCCAAGGGAUGCAACACAAAAAUUCAUUGAUCACAUUUCAUCGGAAGCGCAAGGAGCGCCUUUAUCGAGCCCUCUUCACUGAAAAUCAUACCAAGGCAACCCCAACCUCAGCAGUGAAGGGAAAGCAGGCCUUGAGUGAGCCCAAGAUGAUUCCUAAUUUUACUACCUUGAGAUUGGAUAGCAAUGUGCAUACCCCUUCUCCAUCGACAUUGUCAAAUUCAGGCCUCUCACUAACCUCAGAGUUAAGUGCAGAAUUGCCACAAGCCGUUGACGAGGAUGACCCUCGAACGAACCUGUCGGCGCCCAGCAGGACACAUCCCUACGAUAGUCCAGAGUUUUCUAGACCACCGAUGGCGCCAUCCAAGGAUCGUCGCCUUCCUGCAGCGGACCAACCUUGGAAGUCCUAUUUGAAUCCUCCAAAAGACAGCCAUGGUAACAUUAUUUCCAAUAGUCUUACCCAUCCAGGGUAUGUACGGAUGCAUUCUAAACGUUCGACCCCCCGAGACGGCCGCUCCUCUUUGGUCGUGCCGGCGAAUUUUCGAUCCCACCGCGGCCUCACCGGACUCGAGUUCCUUAAGGAAAUUUACCGGGUUCAUGAGGUGAAAAAAGCAACCCCUACGAUUCACGAGAUCAAGACACCGCUUCGACCGGCCCAUGCGUCCGCACGGAAGAGCGGCCCCUCCCCCAACGGGCCUUCCCCAGAAGCCCGCCAUGCGCCCCAUCCCAUCGCGGCUUCCAGCCCGUCUCAUCCCUUUUCCCUUUUACGGGCUUUCCACGGCAGAGGAGCAUCGCGGCAGGGGGUGCGUCCUCGGAUGAGCGGGGAGGGGAGAACCCCCCCGGCGGAGGCCUUGAAGAGUCCGUACGUGGCGACGCCGCUGGUGAGCAGCAACCUUCCUUCCCACACCUUCUCAUCCGUUCAGCCACACACGCGAGAAGCUGAGGAGGGGGGUUGGGAUAGGGCGGGCAUCCCUCUCCUCCAGAGCGACCCUCACCGUGAGGGCGGCGAUCCCGUUCAGGAGGAGGUAGGGGACCUGGAAGCCCUCAUCGAUCAGCUCCUUCACGAGGUUCAUCGGCUGCGGGAGUCGAACAAUCGCCUUACGGAGCAGCAUCGAAACGCCCGGGCGGAGUUAUCGUUUGUGAACGCCCAGAUUGACAUGAUGAAGGAGCGGAUUCAGUGCGAGCAGAAGGCGCUCCGUCGGGCGGAGCGGGGCUGGCGGCGAAGUGUGAAUCUUCGGAGGGACUACCAACGCGAGGUGGCGUGGGAGCUUUCCCUGCGGCAGUUUAUUUGCCAUUCGAAACUCCAGCAAGCCAGGAUCGCCGACCAACGUCAGCGGAAGGUGGAGGGGGAGGUGUUUCGCCGCGUCGCAAGUGGCGAUGCUGUAGUGUUUCCAGGCGAGGAUACCAAUUGGAAUAAGCACCGGACCCUGCAGCGGCAGAUAGCCAAGCUCCAGAAAAGGUAUUCCAGGCUCGUAAUGGCCGUCGCAGCACAACAGCUUCCUUCGGUUGAAAACACCCCAUUGAAGGAUAGUACGAGCCAAGAUGCGGUCCAUGACGUAGCACAACGCGAGACGGCUGCCGUGGUGACGCCUUUGCCUUCUCCAGCGACUGCUGUUCGGAAAGAAAACGUGGUGUAUUCAAUCAAGAAACAAAAGACUCACAUUCCGUCGGGCGAUCCGAAGGCCGCCAAGGAAAAAGUACCUGGAUCUCCCUUGAGGAGGGUUAGUGCUCAAGGAUGCGCUGCCACCACGCUUCGGUAG